AAGACACACGCGCGACCCGGAAGGCCUCGCCGCAACACUCCAAAGCGGGCGUGAGGGGGGCCAAUGGCGGAGGGAGCGGUGGAAGCCCCAGCAGAGAGUGGUGGUGGUGGCGGCCCAGGAGCCAUCGAGCCGGAACGGGGAGUAGCGUCCAUUAAACUUCAAUACCUAACCACCAAGGAGCACUUCCACGAAUUCCUGGAAGCCAAAGGGCAGGAGAAGCCCAGCCAGGAAACCAAGGCUGGAGACCCUGCUGGCAAUGACCUGGCUGAGCCUGAGGCCAAGCGGAUCCGGCUGGAGGAUGGGCAGACAGAGGACAGGCAGACAGAGGAGGCUGUUGAGCUUGAGGAGCAGCCACAGGCUCAGAAGAGGGCCCGGGGUCAGAACAAAUGCCGGCCCCAUGUGAAGCCCACCCACUAUGACAAGAACAGGCUCUGCCCCUCCCUGGUCCAGGAAUCCGCCGCUAAGUGUUUCUAUGGUGACCGCUGCCGCUUCCUGCACGAUGUGGGCCGCUACCUGGAGACCAAGCCAGCUGACCUGGGCCCCCACUGUGUGCUCUUUGAGACCUUCGGCAGGUGCCCCUAUGGUGUGACCUGCCGCUUUGCUGGGGCCCAUCUGGGGCCCGAGGGCCAGAAUCUGGUGAAGGAGGGGUUGGUCCAGGCCCCGCCCAUCCGCAAUGGCCUGGACAAGGUCCUGCAGCAGCAACUGCGAAAGCGCAAGAUCCACUUCAAGCGUGCAGAGCAGGCCCUGCGCCAGCUGAGCAAGGGCCAGCUGCCAGGCCCCACUCCUGAAGCCACUGUCCCCGAGGUCAUGGAGGCUGAGGGUGCCCCAGGGCAGGACAACUGUGAUGCCCAGCAGGCCCCCCAGGGGCCGGGCACCGUUACCCCUCCCAGGGGCCCUUUAAAGACCUGCGGGCCCCUGACAGAUGAGGAUGUAGUCAGGUUGCAGCCCUGUGAGAAGAAGCGGCUGGACAUCAGUGGCAAACUGUACCUUGCCCCCCUCACCACGUGUGGGAACCUGCCCUUCCGGCGGGUCUGUAAGCGCUUUGGGGCAGAUGUGACGUGCGGGGAGAUGGCUGUAUGCAUCAACCUGCUGCAGGGCCAGACGUCUGAGUGGGCCCUGCUCAAACGCCACCCCUGCGAGGAUGUCUUCGGCGUCCAGGGCCAGGCAGGGAAGUCCCCUCACGCCCUGCCCGGCCACCCGACACAGCUUGAGGGCUCCUUCCCCGACACCAUGACCAAGUGUGCCGAGCUGCUGAACCGCACCAUCGAGGUGGAUUUCGUGGACAUCAACGUCGGCUGCCCCAUCGACCUCGUGUACAAAAAGGGCGGGGGCUGCGCCCUCAUGAACCGCUCAACCAAGUUCCAGCAGAUCGUCCGCGGCAUGAACCAGGUGCUGGACGUGCCGCUGACCGUGAAGCUCCGAACAGGUGUCCACGAGCGCGCGAAUCUGGCCCACCGGCUGCUGCCUGAGCUGCGGGACUGGGGGGCCGCGCUGGUCACGCUCCACGGCCGCUCGCGAGAGCAGCGCUACACCAAGCUGGCCGACUGGCACUACAUCGAGCAGUGCGUGACAGCAGCCAGCCCCAUGCCCCUUUUCGGAAACGGGGACAUCUUGUCAUACGAGGACGCCAACCGCGCCAUGCAGACUGGCGUCGCUGGGAUCAUGAUCGCCCGCGGCGCCCUGCUCAAGCCGUGGCUGUUCACGGAGAUCAAGGAGCAGCGGCAUUGGGACAUCUCGUCGUCUGAGCGCCUGGACAUCCUGCGGGACUUCGCACACUACGGCCUGGAGCACUGGGGCUCGGACACGCAGGGCGUGGAGAAGACACGCCGCUUCCUCCUUGAGUGGCUCUCCUUCCUGUGCAGGUACGUGCCCGUUGGCCUGCUGGAGCGGCUCCCGCAGAGGAUCAACGAGCGGCCGCCCUACUACCUGGGCCGCGACUACCUGGAGACGCUCAUGGCCAGCCAGAAGGCGGCCGACUGGAUCCGCAUCAGCGAGAUGCUGCUGGGACCGGUGCCACCCAAUUUCGUCUUCCUGCCCAAGCACAAGGCCAACGCCUACAAGUAGCUGCAGGGGCGGGCGGGGGUGUCUGAGCACCCAGCGGGCUCCCCGAUAAAUGAGAAGGCAAUAAAUUUUAUUCUUUUAAAACCCA